UCUUAGCAGCCUUUAUAGAUCAGGCGUCUAAGCACUCUUGCCUAAUUAAUCUCUCCUUUCCUUAACAGGCUCCGACUCUAUCUUAACUUAAAAGAAACAGACUCCACAAAAUCUCAACCUCCUAAUCGUGAGUAUGUCGCGGACGCCGGCGAUAUACACGCCCAACAAAAGAGUCCGUGACAAUACACCUGAUUAUUGACAAAAAGCAACAGAAGAUUUUGUUUGCGUAAGUAGAUUGCUACAUUUAUGUACUCAUGACAUGUUCUUGCAUUCUUAUUUCUUAAACAUCCUUUCUCAGGCCACAUUUGAACUAUGAAGCACCAUGAGUUCAUUGAAUAAUAACCAGCUUCUCUGUGCAUGUGAUGAUACAGUUGUUCCAGCCAUGCUUUGCAUCUAGCUAUACAUGUUAUUCGAGGUUAACUGCCCUAUGUUUCCUGCAAGUUCAGGAUCAGGAUAAAAUACUUGUAUGGAUUUGGCAUUCCUUAAAUAGUGGAAACUUAAGCCUGGGUCACCAUGAAUAUUGUGCAUUGUGAAUUUUGCCGUAUUUUUGUUGCACAAGACUUGUAAUAUACUGCACCUAGUAAUAUAAAGGUGCAAAAGAAAAGAGAAAUCGUCCCUGCCUAGUCACCUGAUUAUAUUGUUUAAAUGAGACAUCAAUUUUAGCUGCUGGAGCAUGACAUUGCUGUUGAUACUUAUUCAGUAUGGAAGGCAUUCUUGAGCGUUACCAACGAUACUCAUUUGAAGAAAGAGCAGUACUUGAUCCAAAUAUUGGAGACCAGGCAAACUGGGGAGAUGAAUAUGGCAGGUUAAAAACCAAACUUGAUGCACUUCAGAAGAGUCAGAGGCAACUGUUAGGAGAACAACUAGAUUCACUGACCACAAAAGAACUACAGCAACUGGAGCAACAACUGGACAGCUCUCUGAAGCAUAUAAGAUCAAGAAAGAAUCAGCUCAUGUUUGAUUCAAUUUCUGAGCUUCAGAAAAAGGAGAAAUUGCUUACAGAUCAAAAUGGUGUCCUGCAAAAGCUCAUGGAGGCAGAGAAAGAGAAAAACAAUGCAUUAAUGAAUGCUCACCUCCGGGAGCAGCAAAACGGAGGGUCAACAAGCUUGCCAUCAACGCCGCCAUCAACAGUUCCAGAUUCCAUGCCAUAUCUAAAUAUUAGGCCGUGUCAACCUAGAGGAGGAACAGUAGAGGAGUGUGAACCUGAAUCGUCUCCUGCUCAAGAAACAGCGGCAAGCUGCCACCAUGGAUGCUACGCAGUGUCAGUAACAGAUGAGCUGUUCCUGAUACGAUUCUGCAGCUUAACUCGAAGGCAACACACCGUCACCGACACCCUUCGGUGACCCAGGCAUCCAUACGAGACAGACAGACACACGCUUGUGUGCGCGCGCGCAGAGAGAGAGAGCAUACUGUACUUGUGGUGCAGUGGCGGAGCCAGAAUUUUGGAGUUGGGUAUUUCCAAUCCAAAUACGAAAUAUAAAAAAGCUCAUAAUAUUGAUAACUCGCAGUAUCAAAGUUCUUCAAUUCCACUCCAUAUUUAGGAACAUUCUCCGAUCAUGUAAUUAAGCGCAGAAGAACCUAUCUUGUCAAGUCUAAUGCUGAUAUGUAUAAAUGGGAAUUGUUCAUCA